AAUGUGUAUGGGUUGUGUAUGUUUAAGUGCUUCAUUUUAUUUUCUGUCAAAACUCAGAGAUUAGGGAUGAUGUUAAGGAAGUUUGGAACAUCAAUUUUCGUCCUCUGUUUUAUCUUUCUUGCUUUGGGGAAAGAGGUUUCAAUCAAGGCGAAAAGUGAGAGCCUUUCAACAAAGAAGAAGGAGAAAUGUACCUAUUUUGUGACAAUAGAGACAACAUGUACAAAGGGUGCAGAAACCUCAAACCAUGUAAGCCUAAGGUUUGGUGAUGAAAAAUCCACUGACAUUUUAGUUCACCAUUUGAAUUCCGAGCAUUUGAAAAGGCUUGAUCCAUUAGAACCACAAGUUCUUGAUGAUAUUCCCAGAAAACCAUUUCAAGCUUGCAUUACAGAUCAGUUUCAAGUCACUGCUCAAUGUGUCGAAUCGCCGAUUUGCUAUCUCUAUCUUAAAUUGGCUGGAAAUGAUGACUGGCGUCCUGGUUUUGCUCAAGUUCAAGUAGUAGAAGGGCCUCAUUUUAGCUCAAAUACAUUCUAUUUUCGACGAUAUUUGCCUCGUCGAGUAUGGCACGGAUUGAACUUGUGUGAAACAGAGGUCACACCUUUUGGAGUAAAGCUUAAGAGAAAAGUAUUUGGAAAAAGAGUUCCAUAAGCCUUUCUGUCAUGUGCAGCAGCGACUUAAUUAGCGUACGCAAGAUCACUAAACUUGUAUGUUCCGGUUUAGGGCGGUACAUGUUCUAAGAUUUUACUUUCUUCCCAAAUUGAUGUUUAUUUUUUGUUAUUUUUCAAGCGAAAAUAAUUUAUGUAUGUCUUUGCGCGAGCAAAAAAGUGUGAGAUAACGCUCCUCGUAAAGUAAAAGGGUGUCUCUGCCAUUAGUCCUUGGGACAUUAAUAUGCAAGUGAAACACAAAAUUUUUAAACAA